AUGCAAGCUCUUGUAAUACUGAAGACGCGCGCAUUUCACAACACUGAGCACAAGCUUCUGGGUUCUAGGAGCGGCCUGCCACCGUGGCAGAAGAUGCCAGGCUUGCCAUUCCUGGUAGAUCGCUUUGGCAAGGGCACUGAAAAGGCGGCGUGCAAGUCGUGGUUCCUGACGCAUUUCCACAGCGACCAUUACAAGGGCCUCACAUCCAAGUUCAAAGCCGGCGUCAUAUACUGCACGCUGAUCACCGCCAAGCUCGUUCACCAGCGCCUGAAGGUGCCUUGGGAGCGGCUGCGCGUGGUGCAGCUGAAUGCGGCGCAGCUGGUGGAGGGCGUGCGCGUCACCUUCGUCGACGCCAACCACUGCCCGGGCGCCGCCAUGAUCGUCUUUGAGCCGCCCGGCCGCGCACCCAUCGUCCACACUGGCGACUGCCGGUACCAUGUGGGCAUGCAGCAGGAGCGGGCCUUGGUGGCCGUGCGCGGCCGCGCGACCCUCAUCCUGGACACGACAUACUGCGCUGCGCAGUACAACUUCCCACCGCAGCUGCAGGUGCUUCAAUUCGUGCUGGAGGCCGUGAGAGCUGAGGCUUUCAACCCGGCCACGCUGUUCCUCUUCGGCAGCUACACGAUCGGCAAGGAGAGGCUGUUCCUGGAGGUCGCGCGCAUCCUGCAGCGCAAGGUGUAUGUGAGUGUGAGCAAGCGGGCUGUGCUGGACACGCUGGGCCUGCCGCCUGAGUAUGAGACGCUGCUGACAACGGAUGAUCGGGCGCGGCUGCACGCGGUGCCGCUGUGGCGCGUGAGCCUGAAGCACAUGGCGCGCACGCUCAAGCACUACCGCGGCCGCUACACCACCAUCGUCGGCUUCCAGCCCACCGGCUGGUCCAUGCACUCAGGCAAGGGGCGCGCGCCGAGGGGGCGCAGGAGGCAGAAGGGCACGCUGAUAGUUUACAGCGUUCCCUACUCGGAGCACUCCAGCCACCAGGAGCUGCGCCAGAUGGUGGACUUCCUGCGGCCCACCAAAAUUAUCCCCAGCGUCAACAACGACGGCGGCAGCAAGGCCAGCCACAUGGUGGCUUCCCUGCAGCCGCCCACCUGA